AUCAGAAGUUAAAGACGGGGACGAUGGGCGUGGAACUGAUUUUACUCAAAGACUCAGAGGAGAGUGACUGAUACUAGAGUGAAAUCCAAAGCCUGGUUUUUAGAAAAAAAAAAAAAAAAAAAAAAAAGACUAGGGAAGUAAAGGUGAGCGGAUCAAUGCCGGAAGUUUCCUCCAGUCUUGAAGCUGCAGAGUGUAAGGAUGGACUUCUUGUUCUUAGCAUCUAACUAGAACUUCAGACGUGAGACUAGAGCACCAUGUCGGAGUCUCCGGAGCCCAGAUACGAAAUUGAGGAGUGGUUGCUAGCCCUCCGCUUGUCACAGUACAUCUCCAUUUUCCAAGAGUCUGGAUAUCAGGUUGUGGAAGACUGCAGAGGACUCACAGAUGAGCGACUUAUUGAAAUUCAAGUUCUCCCAACCGGCCACCGGAAACGCAUCCUUCGAAGUUUGGAGGCACUAGGAUUACAGCACGAGGAUGGAAAGACAGUAAAAAGCGAGCAGGAAAUUCAGGAGAGUGUUGGAGAUGAAAGGAAGCCACGGCUCUACCCAAGACAUGUUUUCUUAAAGGAUAGAGGAAAGGCAGAGUCCUGCCAGCACAACCAACCAAAGGAGAAUAUGGAGUAUAAUAUGGAAGGUCAAGAUACCAUUCCAGACCGCCAAAACAUCGUUCCACCUAUACCUGCUCCACGUAACCUCCCACUUACACAGUCAUCUCUGUACUCAAGUACCUGUGUUUCCAUCUCCAAGCUUUCAAGUAGCAGUAGUGAAUCUCUUCUCAACUCUGAAAUACCCUCUGAUUGGGAGGUCCCUUUAGGAGAGCAAUGUCAUUCCAACUUUGCUACUGAUAACCUACUGUCAGUGCGGCCUGAGGAUCAAUUCGAUUUUGAUGGAGAAAUGGUUGAAAACUCAAUUUAUGAGACACAUCCAGCAGAACCUCGACCGACCCGCUCCUACAGAUUAAGACACCGGCCUGUUCCUGAGAUCCCAAGUGAAACUGCUAUGCCACCAAUGGAAAGGAGCGCACAAACAACCAGCCCUGAACACCUAACCGGCUCAGAGCGUCCCACCGGUGCAAACGGCAUACAGAAAGCUCCACUUCAAAGAACCUUGACGCCCAUCGUUCCCUACGGAGAAGUAUUCCUGUACAACAACCCUGGCUCAUCUCCGGAAAAAGGGGCCAAAGACGGGUUGCAGAAGGGGUUUAAGGCCAAGAUGAAACAGAAGAAAAAGAGAAAAAAGCAAAAGGAGAAAGGGAGUCCUCCAGCUCCAGCUGUCCAAGGCGACGAUGGAUAUUCGACAGUAAACCUGCAUGCAAGCACGCUACCGGGGGCCGGUCUGCACCCAGCUUUUGCCUUGACCCCUGAAACUGCCCCAGUCAUUUCGGGGACUAAUGGUCCUGAAGACGAGUCUUUAGUAAUGGUGGAAUGCGACCUCUACUCAGACUCUGUAAAGUCUCGAGAGACUGAAAGCCCACAGCCUGAUAUCUCGCCCUACGCUUGCUUCUACGGAGCUCCCAAACAACAAGUGCUCAAAGUUGGCUGGCUGGACAAGCUGUCACCUCAAGGAAAUUGUGUUUUUCAAAGAAGAUGGGUGAGAUUUGAUGGCGAGAGUCUGGCCUACUACAACAAUGAAAAGGUAGGUGUGUGAAGGAGAAACCAUCCU